AUGCCGGACGAGAUCAAAGAGGCCCCCCACUCAGACGACCCCCAUGUCGACACCCAAAAAGGCGACGUCGAAGACAAGUACGAGGUCUUCAAACGAGGCGAUGGCCAAGUUGAUUUUCGUACUGUCUCUUGGAUUCGUGCGUCGGUGAUCUUUCUAAAGAUUAUCUUUGCCACGGGCGUUCUGUCCAUCCCUUCCUUGAUGUACGAGUUAGGCGCCUUCCCAGGCGCCAUCACUGUCGUGGGAUGGAGUCUUCUGAAUACAUACUGCGCUCUCGUCCAGGGUAAUUUCCGGAAUGCUUACCCGGGCUGCCACUCAAUUGCAGAUAUGGCACAGGUAGUUGGCGGCCCCGUGGUCAAAGAGCUCGUUGGCGCCUUGUUCACCAUAAGCUACGUGAUCGUCGCCGCAUCAGGGAUCAUCGGCGUAUCCACAGCAUUCAAUGCACUAUCUCUCCAUUCAGUCUGUACAGUUUGGUUCUCAUUCAUCGGAACGAUCAUCAUCGCCAUGUGCGCUAGUGUGCGCAAAUUCUCACACAUUGGCUGGCUCACCUGGCUUGGAUUCGGGAGCGUUUAUGUGGCCGUGUUCAUCAUCGUGUAUGUCCACAUCCAUCGGUUGCGUAUUGUUUUGACUAACCACCAUAUUCACAGUAUCGGCGUCACUGUACGAGACCGACCAGCCGCAGCACCCCAAACAGGCGACUUCGAUUUCGGCUACCGAGUCAUCGGUAACCCAGACUUCACCACAGGCAUCACGGCCUCUGCCACUAUCUUCGUCUCCAGCGCCGCGACGUCUGCUUUCCUUCCCGUGAUCUCGGAGAUGCGCAGACCAAAGGACUACCCCAAGGCCGUCUACCUUAGUAUGACUCUGGUGACGGCUUCCUAUCUCACCUUCAGUCUAGUGAUCUAUGCCUGGUGCGGGAAAUGGAUUGCCUCCCCGUCUCUCGGAAGUGCCGGCGAGACAGUUAAGCGCAUUGCGUACGGGAUUGCCCUACCGGGCCUGAUCAUUAGCGGAUGUUUAUACGUCCACGUCGCCGCCAAGUAUCUUUUUGUACGGAUAUUGCGUAACUCCCGGCACCUGCAGGCUAAUACGGCCGUGCACUGGGGAACGUGGCUGUCAUGCACGAUUGGCACAGCGGCCAUCUCAUUUGUGCUGGCUUCAGCGAUUCCGAUUUUCAAUUAUGUUUUGGCGCUGGUUGGAAGUUUGUGUUUCGCGCCGCUGGCUAUUAGCUUGCCUGGGUGGUUAUGGGUAUAUAGCCAUCGAAAUUAUUGGCGGGGGAAUUGGUUCCAGGUGGCUUUGUAUGUGUUUCAUGUCUUUCUCAUCUUGCUUGGCUUGUUCAUGGCAGUUGGUGGAACGUACGGGGUGGUUGUGCAGAUUAGCAAGGCGUACCGGGACGGGCAGAUUUCUUCGGCUUUUUCGUGCGCUGACAACAGUUGA